CUCUAUAGCACCAAGAAAAUCGUCCAAGUCCAGUCAAUCUUCCGAGUCCAGUCCGUCAGACGUAGUAGUAAGAGGUGGAGGAGGUUCAGAGGAUGAAGACCCUGGUGAAAAUUUUCGAACUAUUAUGAUCAGCGACGUUUGGUGUCCAUCUCUCGUCUUAGCAUCAUCUCUUUGGUGGUAUCCCUUUAUUGUUCCCAUCGAAGAAUUUAAUUCUUAGAAUCAUAGAUACAAGAGAACAAAGGGUGGCAUCGAAGGGAAAGGGUACUAUCGAGACGAGGGGACCCUGAGUACUUAGACGGGUCCAGGGAUACUUCUAGCCACCUUCAUGGUAACUAGCGCCAAGUCAUGCCUUUAAGGCCUCUCCGCAUACUGAACUACUUUGUGCGCGGUUUAAUAUUGUAAAUUGUGCUGCAUUGAUGUAUCCAGGGAUACUCUAAAACUAGCAGCAAAAAUGUUCUGAGAACAGCAGCUACUGGCUCCUUGAAAGUAGAGGACGGAGACAAGGAGGAGGCCAGAAACGAUGGUGUUGAGCAAGUGGCGAAGGAUGUUCACGCAGCACAAGCGAAGCGUGCUUC